GCUAAUCGGCUGGUGGGGUCAUGACUUCAAAACACGAUUCCUCAUGGAAAACAAAUUACAACUAAGUGAAGGAAUUAAUGGAUUUCGGUUAUCGAAUCCUCCGAUUUUACUGGUCUGCGCUCUGCAAGCUAGUUUAGAGGUUUUUGGUCAAACUACAAUGAAAGCAUUGAGAAGGAAAUCUGUUCUGCUCACUGGUUAUUUGGAAUACCUGAUAAAACAUUACUACAAUGAGGACAAAACAAAUCCAGAGAAGCCCUUUGUAAAAAUAAUCACGCCAUCUCAUAUUGAGGAAAGAGGAUGCCAACUCACGCUAUCUUUUUCCCUUCCAAUCAAAUCUGUGUUUAAAGAGCUGGAGAAGAGAGGAGUGGCUUGUGACAUGCGAGAACCAAAUGCUCUUCGCAUUGCCCCAGUUCCUCUCUACAAUUCUUUCCAUGAUGUGCACAGAUUUAUUGAAAUCCUGGGAUCUGCAAUUACUUCUUCAAAACAAACAGCAAACAAUACUGCGCUAUCUGGUUCUUAUUGAUGGCUCAGCUGUAUCUUUUAAUCUAUUUCUGACUAAGAUGCAUUUAUCCCACUGAGCGAUUCUUUGCUUCGAGUAGACUGAGCUAUAUCCCAUGCAAUUUGCAAAAAAAUGACUGUGCUUGAAUAGUUAUUUACAACAGACAUAGUUUUAUUAAAGCUCAUAUUUCC